AUGUGCACCAACUUCAAGAAUGUCAACAGCGUCCAAAGUCACUUUUGGUUUAUGCUGCACGGCGUCUGUCGGAAUAAUAGGCUACGUGCAUUACAAACAGGCUUACGACAGAGAGCAACUUCAUCUGGGUGUCGUGCGCGACAUCGAGCGACGAGAGCGCCGAAAAGCGGAAAAUGUCUACGUUCUGCAGCAGCAGGCUGAAUUAGCCAAGGAAUUGCGCAAGGAUUGACGAGG